ACCGGAAGUGCCAACUUUUCGUUGUUUUCUGUGUAAUUGACCAAUAGGCUACGUUUCUGUCCACGCAUACAGGUGUGCACGGCUGCGCAUACUGGAGCAGCGUGGGAUCGGGUGUUUGCGUUAGGAGCGUCUGAUUGUUAGUGUGACACGGACGGAAAGGAGCUUUCCUCCCCACCGGCGGAGCGGCUUCUGUCUGCAAACCGCGCAACUAGGGCACAUGCAUUCAGUCAGCACACAGCAGCGGCAGCGCACCCAACAAGCCGCUGUGAUCUGAGAGCCUCUGCGCGGCGCCGGCUCGCUCUUUCGUAACGGAGUCGGGGACAGCUUCAGCGUUUUUGCGGGACAAUUUUGAGCUUUGAGUAAAGGGAUAGGUCUGUGAAAAGGCAGGCGUGUGUAGGAGGGUUUGCAUCCCCUAUUUGUUGUUGUUGUUUUUGUUUUAAACCCCCCUUCGUAUUGCUCUCUGGUUUUCAUCCCGGAUCCCGCAAGAUGCAGCCUCUUACCUGACGCAUCUGUGGCACCACAGCUGCUGCUGCUGCCUACAGUGAAUGUCUUCUGUCGACCUGCUGUAGCUCUCCUGUGGUCAUCAUCGUCAUCAUCAUCAGGAUCAGGAUCUGUCACUUCAAACAGGACAAGGUAGACUUCGGCUCAUCAUCGAAAGUGGCCCCUGUCAAGAGAGAAACCUGCUGAAGAUGACUUCAUCGGAGCCGAUUGCCUGAAAGCAGCAUGAGAUAACUGAGGACUAUCACGCUAACUGCUGAUUCGAGCUGUUUUUCUCUUUUGAGGGCUGGUCCAAAACGAUGUUCCUGUGUGUGAGCUGACUGACAGCGGGGGUUAGGGGGGGGCCCUCGGGGUUGCAGUGGUGUUCUAGCACGGGUGACACAGCCCAGCAGCUCAGACGCAGACGCCGCCGGAGAGAGAUGGCUCGCCCCGGGUCGGGGCUGCUGGUGCCCAUGAACGGCGUGGGGUACCCGCCUCAGAACCUGGCCAGGGUGGUGGUCUGGGAGUGGCUGAACGAGCACGGGCGCUGGAGGCCGUACAGCGCGGCGGUGUGCCACCACAUCGAGAACGUGCUGAAGGGGGACGCCAGGGGAAGCGUGGUUCUCGGGCAGGUGGAUGCCCAGCUCUCCCCUUACAUCAUCGACCUGCAGUCUAUGCACCAGUUUCGGCAGGACACAGGCACCAUGAGGCCUGUGCAGAGGAACUUCUACGAGCCGUCGUCGGCCCCAGGGAAAGGCGUGGUGUGGGAGUGGGAGAACGACAACGGCUCGUGGACGCCAUACGACAUGGAGAUCUGCGUGACCAUCCAGAACGCCUACGAGAAGCAGCACCCGUGGCUGGACUUGACCUCUCUGGGCUUCUGCUACCUCAUCGACUUCAACAGCAUGUCGCAGACCAACCGGCAGAGUCAGCGCAAGCGGCGCCUUCGGAGACGCAUGGACCUGGCCUACCCGCUCAUCAUGGGCUCCAUUCCCAAGUCCCAGUCGUGGCCCGUGGGCGCCAGCUCUGGCCAGCCCUGCUCGUGCCAGCAGUGCAUCCUGGUGAACAGCACAAGAGCCGCCUCCAACGCCAUCCUGGCCUCGCAGCGGCGUAAGCUCUACGGAGGGACGGCGGGCAACUCGGGCGCCCCGGGAACCGUCGGCGGCGUGCGGCAGAGCAACACCUUUGCUGGAACCUCCCUGUGGUCCCCGACGUCCGGCUCCUCCGGUGCCAACCACAAUAACAUAAGUGUGGGAGGUGGGCAGUCCAAAGCAGAACAGGUGCAGUCGCCGCUGUCUUCUGCCAACUUCCCCUGCUCCCCGGUGAUGCCAUCGCUUUCAUCCUCCCACGGUCACCACGCGCUCACCAUCAACGGACAGAACAAUCUGAACCGGCCAGGCACCCAGCGGAUUUCCAUGGGGACCACCAGAGGAGCCAUCCCACCCGGCGUUCCUGCUUUACCAGUGAAAAAUCUGACUGGGUCUGGACCUGUGCACCCAGCGCUAGCAGGGAUGACAGGUAUCCUGAUGUGCGCUGCAGGUCUACCCGUUUGUCUGACUCGAGCUCCAAAGCCUAUCCUGCACCCACCACCCAUCAACAAGAGCGACAUGAAGCCUGUGCCAGGGAUCAAUGGCAUGCGGCGCAAAACCAAGAAGAAGCACCUGAAGAGAGGUAAAAACCCGGAGGAUGUGGUCCGAAGAUACACAGAGAAGAUUAAAGUGGUGCCAGACCAGGACUGCACCAUCUGCAUGGAGAGGCUGGCGAUGUCAUCGGGCUACGAAGGCAUCCUGCAGCACAAAGGCAUCAAGCCAGAGUUGGUGGGCAAACUUGGCAAAUGUGGUCACAUGUACCAUCUGCUGUGCCUGGUGGCCAUGUACAACAAUGGCAAUAAGGACGGCAGCCUGCAGUGCCCAACGUGUAAGACAAUCUACGGGGAGAAAACAGGCACCCAACCCCCUGGGAAGAUGGAGUACCACGUCAUCCCCCACUCUCUGCCCGGCUACUCGGAAUGCAAAACCAUCCGCAUCGUGUACGACAUCCCCGCCGGGAUCCAGACCAAUGAGCACCCCAACCCCGGCAAGAAGUUCAGUGCGAGAGGCUUCCCUCGACACUGCUACCUCCCCGACAAUGAGAAAGGCAGGAGGGUCCUAAAACUCCUCAUCAUGGCGUGGGACCGCCGCCUUAUCUUCACCAUCGGCACAUCCAGCACCACGGGGGAGUCGGACACGGUCGUGUGGAACGAGAUUCACCACAAGACGGAGUUUGGCUCCAACCUGACCGGCCACGGCUACCCCGACCCCAACUACUUGGACAAUGUCUUGACGGAGCUGUCGGCUCAGGGCGUCGGCGAGGACAAUCUGAAGGACUGACGUGCCGGCCACAGCGGCGACCAGCAACACGGCGUACUUCAGAGAACAAAGGGACGAUGCAUGAUGUGCCAGUCUCUACGUCUGGCGACUCCUUAACAGCUUACAGCCUGAGACGUUCCUUCAGAAGUGGCUGACUAAGAGCAAUAGAAGCAGAAACCAAUGGUUCAGAUUUUAUGUUUGAUCUCCACCCAGCUGUCUCCCGAUCCAUGCCUUGAGGAUGUCGAGUCCCACCGCGAGGAGCUCCCUCCCUCCAAGAGGAGGAUGCGAGGUUGGCUUUAUACUCGCGUCGGAAGCUGCAGGCCACACUUUGCACGUGAAACCCCUUUUAGACUUAAACCCCUGAAACGCUCUACGCUUACGAGUUGGAAGGUCAGGGUCCAAAUCAGACGUGUUUUAAAGGCUAAGCUUUUGAAUGCAUGACCCCGACUAUUGCUGCAUAAUGAAUGUCGAGCAAAUACGGCAGGAUCGGUUGUUGCCUGUCAUAACAAAGAUACGCAGGAGAGAAUUUUUAACCGUAAUUUGUUUUUGCUUUGCUGUUUUUGAUUCUACAAUUGAUAAUUGCAGUAACCGUGUUUUGCAAAAGUAUUCACACCCCUUGUCACAUCAUCACCAUAAACUUCAAUUGGGAUUUUGUGCAGCAAUCUCACGCAAAACAGCGCGUAGUUAAGUGAAACGGAAAACGAUGGUUUUCAAAAUCUUUUACAAAUAACCUUUUACUACAACUGCAGCAAUUCUUUUGGGACAGAUGUCGAGGUCUGGGCUUUGACUGAGCCGUCUAACUCACUACCAUGUUUGCUUAGGGUUGUUGUCCCGAUGAGCCUGCGCUCGUCUUCAGAUUCUUCUGUUUUCUUCCAUUACUGCCGUUUAAUUAACUCCAUUCAUCUGCCCAUUAACGCCAACCAGCUCCUCCGCCCCAGCUGAGGAAAAUGAUGCUGCCGCCAUCCUGUUUCGCCUUGGGGAUGGCGUGUUCAAGGUGAUGUGUGGUGAUCUCCACAAAGAAAAAUACAAAUGAAAAUGCUUAAAAGUUUGCGGCUGGGGGUGUGAAUACGAAGCAAACCGCCUGGGCAACUCUUAAGGUGAAAAUCCCUGAUAUGGUGAAAGCUAUCUAAGGUCAUCUUCAACUUUUAUUUAUAUUUGUUUACCAAUCGGUAUUCUGCAAAGUGUUUAGACGUCUGAGAGGUGCAGACCCAAACGUAUAUUUUGGAUUUGCUUGGCGGAGAGAGCAAAUCUCACACGGGCCGAAACAAAGCCCUGCAACUAACAGGAUGUCGAGGUUGCGCAGCAGGAUUUCGCUGAAGGUCAAACUCAUCCGUUUCGUUGGCGAUGCUGAUGAGGCCGACCUCUGCGCGGACAGAAAGCUCCGCUUUAUUAUUAUUCUCCGCUGUCGAAAGUUUCCCCGGCCGUCGGCUCGAUCCAUCACGCCCGACCAUACGGGAGGAGCGAGAGCGCGAUCGCCCUGCUGCGAGGCGUCGCAGUGCCGGUUUUAAGUCCUUGAGUGGAACAGCUGAGCUCCCAGAUGGACGUCCCCCUCUCAGACACCAACGAUUUUUCCUCUUCCGAGCUCGCCUGCGACACACAAGCCUCCCGUGACGGGCAGCACACCGAGCUCCGCAGCCCAUACGGCGAGCAGUGAAACAUUUCAUUUCCCCGACCGAGCUCACGCAGAGUCGUUUUAAGCUGAUCCUGACGCACGGCUUCGACCUCGCUUCUUCUCAGCCGUAGAGUUGAAGAGGGGUGCAAAAUUUCAUCUUGCGUUUUGGCAGAGAAGGGUUUUUUUUGUUUGCUUGUUUUUCCUGCAUCCUCCUCAUUUGUAACAUCUGAGAGCUUUGAGCUUCUCAAGGCCCUCAUAAUGUUUCUUUGCAACCUGUCGGUGGAUAAUCCUCCUGAGUGUAUGUGAUCAAUUCGACGAGUUGGUUCGGGGGCUGAAUCAUAGUCUUCCAUAGCACCUUGAGGCAACUUUUCUGUUUAAUCAGUCUUUUUAUUUUACUUUAUUUUUUUUAGAAGAUGUCUAAAAUUGCUAUUUUCUGUCUUUUUUUUAAAGUUGAUGUUUAUAAACUGACUUGCGAUGCUUUAAAGAAAAACAAUAUAUAUAUAUAUAGUAUAUGUAUGAUAUAUAAUUGCAGAUGUGAUAUACCUUUAAUUUCGAGCUCAGUUUGAGUCGGUGGCGUAAGUUUAGUUUAUUUUUAUACUCUUAUAUAUACGGAAAAAAAAAAGAUUGUCCCACAUAUUUAUACGCAAACACAUGUCAAAAAUGGAUUCUGGCAAAGUUUGUCAGUUCGUCAGGGACUGAAACACGUCAUGAACGUUGUAUAUUACAAGUAGUGUUAGAAAGCGGCUGUCCUUACCUUAACGUAGAAUCUGCAUUGCUGAUUUCCUGUCGGACGCCAGUAAAUCCAGUAAAUCGACUUUUAUUAUUGGCGAGGGAAGGUUAGCAUGAAGAUAUGUUGUUUUUUUUUUCCCCAACGAGUUAGGCCACUUUUCCUCUUCUUCUUCUUACCUGCCCAGAACUUGAAAUCCUUUCUGUGCAGUCUGAAGGUGAAAUUGCAGAUAUAAAUGUAAGAUGUGGUUUUAGCAAAAAUGAAACAUUAGACCAGCACGUAAACCAAAUCAAAGACCAUAAAAACAAUCAUCUUUACCAUCAGUCGUCAUUGGUCGUUUGCAAUAAUGUCAGUAGGAAAGGAAUUCCCAGUCUGAUAAUUUAACACUCAAUCCAACAUGAUACCCCAAACCCCCAAAAAAUGCUUGACAUAUUUCUUACAAGUUAAAGAUCUGGUCAUAU